UCUGAGAUCUCCAUAUAAAUAUUUGUGUUUCUCACAUAAGAAGAAAUAGAGAGAGAGAGAGAGAGAGGAACCUCAACUAAGCGGAUCAAAACCAUGGGAAGCAGUUAUUUUGGGGAGCCAAACAUGAUGAGAAAUGAAAGAGCAAGUGGGUUAUCUUCUUCUUCAUCUUCUUCAUCAAGAAAAGGGAAGAAGAAUGGUUCAGAUAAGCCGAAACAGCCACAGAGAGGUCUUGGGGUUGCUCAGCUGGAGAAAAUCAGAUUACAUGGCCAAAUGCCUUGUGCUUAUCCUCCUUAUCCUUCCUCUUCCUUCAGCCAUGAAGAUCCAAGAGUUCAGGCGACUUAUUCUUCAUUUCCGUCUUCUUCUCUCUCUUAUUCUUCUUCAUCCUCAUCGUACGCUGCUUCCUAUGGCUUCCAUCCCAACGUUGUGAUGGGAGUGCCUGAAUAUGAAAGAACAAACAUGAGAUAUGAUUCUCAUCCAAGAUGGGACCAUCCCAACGCAAUGUUAGAGACUCAACCUUUAGCUCAACCCAACGUAACUAGACCCUUUCUUAACCUAUAUGAUUCACAUGAUGGGAGUAGAUCAAUGGGUUCAGGCAGUCAGAAUUCUGAAUCAAGUGACAAUCAAGAACUAGAUUUGGAGCUGAGAUUAUCCAUUUAGAGUUAUUAAUUAACCAGCAAAAUUUCCAUUGCCAUUAGAAAAUUGAAAAAUUAUCACGAAUUAAUGUACUAAUUACUUUCAUUUGCAAAAUUAGAGCAUUGUAGAAAUUAAAGGACGAGCAAGUCAGAUCGAUUUGUUCAUGUUUGUCUAAUUGUCUUAGCUAAGUUUUAUUUGGAUAUCAUUAUACCCUCUUGU